AUGGGCAACAUUGCGUCGACUACGGUGUGUCAACAGGUGGUGGACGAGAGCUCCUUCCCCUACACCGGCGUGGCGCUCGCGGCUGGCCUCCUCCCCGGCCUGCUGGUGGUGGCAGGCUCGUCAGCACUUACGCAGAUCCCGGCUCCGACGGAUAAGUGGCAACGUGGCCAUCCGUCGGGUGGCCUGCUGUCGUGCGCUGUCUUUUUCGCAGCUGUCUUUGCUGCCAUGUUUGUCAUUGCUGCCGGGUUUACCGCUCCGGGCGCGCAGCAAGUGGCUACGCUGCCGAUUGUCGGGCGGGAUGCUGCAAACGUGCCAGCCAUGCGGUUUGGACUCCGGAUUACGACGCCGUGUGACGAGAAUGCGAGCACAGCAUCGCGAUGCGGCGCGAGUCUGGCUGUGAGCGGAGCGGGGACGAGCAUGGGAAAUGCAACGUGCUCGUACGGCGAAUUGCAGUGCGUCUUUCACACGAUCCACGAGAUUCCUGCCUUCGGGACCGGCACGCAGUCCGAGGUGAGCUUUACGGUGAGCGGGACGGCGGCGAACAGCGCGGUGCGCGAGGCGUCGUUUGAGCUUGUGUCGACGGUUUACGACGGUGACAAGAACAGGUACAACAACCUGAUGUGGGCCAAGGACGAUGGCGGACUGUAUGUGUUUGCGGACGGAUGCAUGGCGUACUGGGGCCUACAUAUGCCGGACGACGGCAGCGGGUUUGCGGUUGCGGUGAACGCCAACGUGCGGCGGCGUUGCCUGGCGAGCGGCGUGCUAGGCGCACGGAUGCUCUGCGGCGGUGGCAACUCGUUCUCGUUCAACGCGCCGUAUCAGCAGGCUGCGCUCGGCUUUGAUCCAACGUCGGUAGUGACUAGCCCCGCGUCAACGCCACCGCGGUCGCUGACGAUCAAGCUGAGGGUCUCGGAUGUGGUUCUGCACUCUGGACUUAUCACGCCGUCGGCGUACAACGCCAUUCCCGGGGUGCUCGCGGUGGCUGCGACGGCAGUUGUGCUCCACACAGUCCUCCGGGCUUUGCUUGGCAGGAUGGUCCACGCGAUGCAAGACGCGGUGCUCGGGCGGAGCUCGCUGAGCUCGUGGCAGGCAACCAAGCUCGGAGCGGCAAUUGGUGCGUGGCACGCGCUGGUGGUCGACGGCAUGGCAGUUGUGGUCUGGCUCACUGUGACGUAUCCGGGAUACUCGGCGAUUCGACCGGGCAACAGCGACUCUGAUUUGAACUGGUCUGUGGCCAUCGGUGUGGGAUCAGUGGUGGCACUCUGCAAGGCCGUCGUCACAACCUUGCUCUUUGCCGUUGUCGGCCGGCGGCUCUUUGCCGCCAACUCGAACGGCGGCAGUUCGCUCAACGGGCGCACGGCCGUGAUUUCCGGGACGGGCGUCCGACAGCCUGCGCCUGCAUACGAGGCGACGCCGCUGCGGUCGUGA